AUGGAGAGGAUGGAGAGAUGCAGACCCACCAUGGAUAGAUGCGGAGAUAUUGAAGGAAAUGAAGAGAGAGAGGAGGUUGUUUCGAUGGUUGCCACUACUCAUAAUAUCCAUGAGCCAACAUCGCCAACUGCCAACGCCUCCCUCUUGUGCCACCGCCAACGCUUGCCUAAGAUUUACAGAUUGUAUCGUAAGGGUUGGGCCUCCAGGUGGUGUUCUCCAUUUUUGUUUGUUCGGUGUAAUUUUGAUGCGAUGGGAUUGUUGCUAGGGUUGUAUGGUCAGGGGUAG